AAUCGUAUUUGUGACUGUCGACUUUGAUUUAAAGCGCUUCGGCGAUGUGGCUGAUGCAGGGCCGGAGGAGCAGCCCCAGGGGCGACAGUGUUUGUGCUGCUGAUGAUGACUGCAGUAUCAGCACGGUGAUGAAGACCGACUCCUUCUGUAUGAACCAGUCCUUCCCCUCCGCGCGCAACUGCACUCUCAACAGCAUGGACGCAUCAUCAGGUGAUUCUCAUGUUGGUUCAUCAGAAGCAAUGAGGAUCUCUGAUCUGCAAUGCUUCCACCCCGUGUCUCCUUCAUCAGUUCAUGGGUCUCCAGUGUUGGAGAGCUCUCUGCUCAGACAACUCAUGUGUACCGCUCCAGAAAAAAGAGGCACAGCUCUCACCAUUAACCCCAAUAAAGCUGUCCUGUCCAUUAACUACACAACAUUACAGGUUUUGGAUGCAAAUGAACAUGCCUGUAAGCUGUUUGAGUGUGGAUACAGUGAUUUGAUCGGACAGAAGCUGACUUCUCUCCUAAGAGCCAGUCAGAUGCUAGAGGAAGUCCUGAAGGAGGAGACUCUGGAUUCUGAUGGAAACCUAGUUGCUAUUUCUGCAAAAGUGGUGAGCGCAGUGAGUUUGACAGGAGAUGAGUUUCCGGUGUCUGUGUGGCUUCAGAUACCAGAGCAGCGGCAGCAGAUCUUAGAGCUCCUGCUGGAGCGAGUGGAGAGAAUCACAGCACACGUGACUUUCACUCAAAAUGGUGGAAUCCUUAGUUGUGAUGCCACUUUUGCCCAUCUUUAUGAUUACCACACUGCUGAGGAGAUGACUGGCCUGUCAAUCAUGUCUCUGAUGCCGUCACUACAGAUCCCCUUCAAUUGCAGGACUCCCAAGGUGUUGCGUGUUCAGAGAUUGCAUGUUCAGGCCAGGUCUGGUGUGGUGGUACCAGCAUGUGUGCGUCUGCAGGCUGCUGUGUCCUGUGGAAGAUCACCGCUGCAGAUUAAAGGAUCGGCACAUCCAGAACCUUCUGAUGGUUCACACACAAGCUCUCGACAGACCAACCGAACUCCUACCGGGGGUAAAUCAGGCGCGGGUGGUGUCCUGUCCCCCAGUGCAGAUGUGCUGUACUUUGGGUCAGUGUGUGUGUUUGCUCCCAGUAGCUGCCUCUUGACACUUCAGCCCAACGGCACCAUUCACAGUCUCAACAACCCCUUCAGCUCUCUGCUGCUCGGAUACAACAGCAGUCAGCUGCUCGGAAAGAAUGUCACGUACCUGAUACCGGCAUUUUAUGAGCGGGUUCGUGCUGCGGACCGAAGCGACCACCCUAAAUCUCAUCCACAUGAUGCAUCCAGCCCCUCUGACAGUUGCACAGACCCCUGUAGAUGUUUGGCUAGUGCUAGCUGUCACCCUGCUGAUGUUCUAACCCUCUCUACUGGCAUGCUCACAACUAAGAAAGAUCAACAGGACACAUAUAAUCCAAACACAGUGCUUGCUGGUGACAGUGUGAUGGUGCAUCUAGCCAAGCGUAGGAAAGCAGGUCUUGGGAAAGGGAAGAGGAUCUUCACUGGGACAAACGCUAAACUGGAGAAGGAGAACAGCAUCAUAUCAACCUUGACCUCACCUGCUGUCACCUCCACACCACUGAAUGGGUUAGAUGACACUACAGAGCUUAGUGAGCAGGUUGUGGAUGUGACUCCUCGAGGGUCUGAGUCUGACUCUGCCAACACCACCGCUCUGCUACAGACCUUUGCUCUGGUGGAGUCCCAGGAAGUCCAUAAAACCUACCUCUCCACUACUGUCUCUCCUCAUUGUGGCCCAUCCGAGCAGAUCUUUGCUAGGCGAGAUGCCCCCAUAGCCCAAAACUCAAACCGUAAAGAAGCUCCAGUAAAGUCCUGUGCCACUGUGCCACAUCCAAAACUUCCCACAAAGGCCUGCCAGUGUUCAGAGAAAGCUCAGCUCCAGGAAUCCAGCUUUGAGGUGAUUUCCCUGGGCAGUGGGUCAUCGUCUGGGUUCUGCGAGCGGCUUGUGGGUGGCUCUGGUCCUGAAAAGUUAGAUGAGUCUCAGCAGGGACAUCACCUAGCGGAAUCGGGCAGCACGUUUCUGGAUUUGAACUCUAAUGGAGAUGUCAUUGUUCAUGCCAUGUCAGAGAUGGACCUGAAUGACAGUGUUGAGAUCCUAAGUGCAUCUGCAGAUCUUAACCAUUCGCUUACCUCAUGUGACACUGCUGAGCUCCUGCGUACUCCUUCACCCUUCAUUGUGGAAUCCGACCUUGAAGCAGAGGCUCAAAUCUCUCCAGAGCAAGAGAAAACGCAAAAUUUUGCCCUAUCACCGGAAAUCCGGAAUGCCUUGGAUCUCCGGAAGGGUGGAAUAAUGUUACCAGGCGACACUCCUACCACAUCUACUCCUAAAAAAGUGAAGACGAACUAUUCCAUUCCAGAAGGAAGGAUUCAUGUGACCUGCUACAACAGAGAUGGAAAAUCAAUUGAGGUGCAGUGUGAUGUACGUUGGAUGUCCCUGUCCAGCGGCAGCUCUCUGGUCUGUCUGUGGCUGAGUGGGAGUCAUCUCCUGCUCCACCACCAGGAGGCGCCACAGAGCACAGUGUGGACAGGAGCCCCAGAACAGGAGGCCUUUGCCUGCAGUCUCGCUGAGGCAGUUCGUUCAGAUGCCUUGCGCUCCUCUGUGGACUUGGAGCAGUCUGGGGCAUGUGAGGGUUACUUUGAAGAAGACUAUCGUCCGCUGUGCUCUAUUGGAAAGGGAGCCUUCGGCUUUGUCUGGCUCGCUGCAAGAAGGAUAGAUGAACAGGAAGUGGUUGUGAAGUUUAUUAGGAAAAGUGCAGUGGUGAGUGAAGGCUGGGUGGAUGAUCCUGAUCUGGGCCGGGUCAGUCAAGAAGUGGCUAUACUGGUUCGCCUGCAACAUCCCAAUAUUGUGAAGGUGCUGGAGGUGUUUGAGAAUGAGCGAUUCUUCCAAAUGGUCAUGGAGAAACAUGGGGAUGGGCUUGACCUGUUUGAGUUCAUCGACAUGCAGCCGAGACUGGAUGAGCCUCUCGUGAGCUACAUCUUCAGACAGUUGGUAGCCGCAGUGAGUUACCUGCGUGGCAAAAGAGUGCUCCACAGGGACAUAAAGGAUGAAAAUAUCAUCAUAAACUCUAAAUUCCACAUCCGGCUGAUCGACUUCGGUUCUGCUGCACUGCUGGAACCUGGAAAGCUCUUCUACACCUUCUCUGGCACUCUGGAGUACUGCUCCCCAGAGGUGCUUCAGGGAAACCGGUACGAGGGUCCAGAGCUGGAGAUGUGGUCUCUAGGAGUGCUCUUAUACACCCUACUCUUCAGUGAAAACCCGUUUUGCAGUGUGGAGGAAACCCUGCAGGCCCGACUCAACCCUCCAUGCCAGAUCUCUACAGAGUUGUAUGCACUGUUGGUUGGUCUUUUGCACCCAGUGGCUGAUCAGAGAAUGACUCUCGAGGAGCUCUUGGAGUCGCAGUGGAUUCAGCAACCCAUAAAUCAAGCAGAGUACUCGUGGGGAGAGGUUUUCCCCUCCAACAAUGAAUCCAAAGAACAUGUGGAGCCCAACUCACGUGUGCAACGGGUAGACAAGCUCUACCUGGACCCCGAAAACAAUCUGAGCACAUCAGAGGACACUCCAUUAGAAGAUGAAGAUGAGGAGGAGGAUGAGGAGCAGAGGAGAACAAUGGCCGCGCUGCAGUCUGAGCUGCUGAAAUAUCUCACCGACGAGUGAGGAACUGUUGUGAAAGGAGCACUAAUGUGUUCUGCUCAGCUAAUUAUGACAUUACAUCUAAUGUCACCAUGAGCACUAAUGCACAGUCUCUGCAGAACUCUCCGUCCACCUGCCGCUGUCCUCCUUGAUGAUACCAGUCCGUCCAAAGAGCAAAAGGAAAGUGUGACUGGGAAUGGAAGCAAUUAGUGUUGCUAAGGAACAGCUUUAUCUCUGUGUUUGGUGAAGGAAUAUGAGUGUAUUUAUCAAUGUGUUGUUUUUUUAUCUUUCAUGGAGUUUUAAAAACAUUGCAUUCUGAGAUGUCGAAUGUGCUUGCUGUUUGUUACUGUUAAUACUGUGGUGUUGAGCACCAGGAUUGUCCUGUUAAAACAUAUGGCACAUGCACUAGACCUGGAUGAGGGUCAACUGAGCUUCAAGAUAUUUGUUAUUAGGCCUUCAAAAAUUUAAAAG